GCAGGAAAUCACGUGUUCUUCCUCAACUAACAAGAGCCCUCGGUAGCGCUUUUGGUUAAAGCUCUAAAACCGAUUUUAACACUUCUCUGACUUUUUUUUUUAAAUAUGUCUUCGUUCAGAAAAGCGUUGAAAUCUCGACAGAGAAACCAUCAUGAGAGAUCUCAGCCUGCUUUCAGAAAAGGUUUGGGACUGUUGGAGAAGAAGAAAGACUACAAACUCCGUGCAGAUGAUUAUCAUAAGAAGCAGAACACUCUUGCUGCUCUACGGAAGAAAGCUCUGGAGAAAAAUCCAGAUGAGUUUUACUUCAACAUGAUCAGCUCUCAGCUGAAAGAUGGAGUUCAUGUUGCAAAAAAACCAAAGGAGGAGGUAGAGGUGACAGAGGAACAGGUGAAAGUGAUGAGAACACAAGAUAUCAAAUAUGUGGAGAUGAAAAGGGUCGCAGAAUCAAAGAAAAUUGAGAGGAUGAAAGCAGAGCUCCAUCUUCUGGAUGCAGAUAAAAAGCAAAAAAACAAGCACACAUUUUUUGUGGAUUCUAAGAAGGAAGUGAGGUCAUUUAACCUGGCAGAACACCUCAACACGGCUCCUGAGCUGGUGCACAGAGUGUACAACAGACCGACACUGAAAACUCUGGAAACUGAAACCAUCCAGGGAGCAGUGUGGCCUCACACAAUGAAGAAGCUGGCCAGACAGAGGCAGCACCAGUAUAGGAUACUUGCCCAGAGGAUCGACAGAGAAAAGAAGAUGUUCGUCAUCACCCAGAAGAUCCAGACUCGCAGGGACCUACAGGACAAGACCAAGAAGGUUAAGGUCAAAAACGAGACGACAACUUGUCCAGCUAUUUACAAGUUCAAGGCCAAGAGGAAACGCUGAACCACCAUCAACAACUCAGAAUGUGGAUACCCUGAAACCACACACUGCUUUGUCUGUCAGACAUGUCAUAAGUUUUCUUACUUUGCAGCUUUGUGGUUUUGUGCAGAUUUAUACCUUUUUUGCCUUCAAAUAAAUGUGAGAAAGCAGUUUGAA